GCUCGGAGGGCGGCGCCGGGGGCUGCAGCGGCCGACAUGGUUUUCCUGAGCCUGCAGCGCUGGAUCCGGUGCCGAGCCACGGAGCGGCGCUGGCGGGUGCUGGAGGAGCUCCAGUAUGCCCGGCAUUUUCGUGGAAGAAAAAACCGCUGCUAUAGUUUGGCCAUACGGAAUAUUCACAGAGCUUUUGUGAAGGCUACAAAGGCCAGAAAAUUGAAGAAGAGAUUCAUGAGAACGCUCUGGAUUACUAGGAUCGAAGCAGCCUCUCUUGAACAUGGUUUGAAGUAUCCAGGUUUUAUAAGCAAUCUUGCUAAGUGCCAGGUGGAACUGAACAGGAGAAUGCUUGCUGAUUUGGCUAUUUAUGAGCCAAAGACUUUCAAAUCCUUAGCUGCUUUAGCCCAAAGGAGAAGACAAGAAGGCUUUCUUGAUGCCCUUGGAGAUGGAAAAGAACCAGAAGGAAUAUUUUCACGUCUCGUGCACCAUUAUUGAUGUGACGGACAUAAUCUGCAGUUGCAGAGGUUUGUUCUAAGUAGGGACCUGCCUUGUAAUGUACGUUUGCUCCCUAAGUACAAAAAGGAAACAAGACCCUUCUUAGGUCUGGGUGUCAUUUUUCUGUUAGACUGAUCCCAAUGGGGCUUGGUAAAAAUUGUCAACCAAACUCUGCAUGGAUAAAUAAUAAAACUUGUAAAAGUCAUUUAAAAAUGUAAACAUUUCAUUUUGUAACAGCCUAAUAAAGAUGUAUUUGUUCUUUUUUUUUAA